CGUCUGAGGCGGGAGCGCGCGGCGCGGGAGGCCGCCCCACUGCGGAACCCGGCGGGCUGGGGCGGGCGCCCCGCGCCGGAAGCGUGCCGGUUGCGCUGGGGUGGCCGCGGACAUGUGCAGGAUGUCCUUCAAGAAGGAAACUCCACUUGCCAACGCUGCAUUCUGGGCAGCAAGAAGAGGAAACCUGGCUCUGCUCAGGCUGUUGUUGAACAGCGGUCGGGUGGAUGUGGACUGCAGGGACAGUCAUGGCACCACGCUCCUCAUGGUCGCCUCCUAUGCCGGUCACAUAGACUGUGUGAGGGAACUCGUUCUGCAAGGAGCAGACAUCAAUCUCCAGAGAGAGAUUGCCACAUUCAUGUGCACAAUGAUUAAUGGUACAACUGCCCUGUUCUUUGCUGCCCAGCAAGGACAUAAUGAUGUUGUGAGAUUUCUCUUUGAAUUUGGAGCAUCCACUGAAUUUAGGACCAAAGAUGGGGGCACGGCCCUGUUGGCUGCCAGUCAGUAUGGGCACAUGCAGGUGGUGGAGACGCUGCUGAAGCAUGGAGCCAACAUCCACGACCAACUCUACGAUGGAGCCACUUCUCUCUUCCUCGCUGCCCAAGGUGGCUACUUGGAUGUGAUUCGAUUGUUGUUGUCUUCAGGAGCAAAAGUCAACCAGCCAAGGCAGGACGGGACGGCGCCGCUGUGGAUCGCGUCGCAGAUGGGCCACAGCGAGGUGGUGAGGGUGAUGCUGCUGCGCGGAGCCGACCGGGACGCCGCCCGCAACGAUGGUACAACAGCAUUACUCAAAGCAGCCAACAAAGGCUAUAAUGAUGUUAUAGAAGAGUUGCUGAAAUUCUCACCCAGCCUUGGCAUUUUGAAGAAUGGGACAUCGGCCCUCCACGCGGCAGUACUCAGUGGGAAUAUUAAAACAGUCGCGCUGCUCCUAGAAGCAGGGGCGGACCCAGCCCUGAGAAACAAGCAUGAUGAGAAGAAAGGACAUUCAGUGAAACCCAGGGUCGGGGGGAAGUGGUGACCACAGAAGCUGCUCUUAACCAGGCCAAUGAACUUCCGGCAGAACUAACCAAAAAUGAACGUAUACUGCGUCUCCUCCGAAGUAAAGAAGGACACAGGAAGAACUAACUUAGUUCCAUAUUUGACUGAAAGAUAGAAACCCCAUUGCCCAAAAAGAAAUUGCUUUUCAAAUAGUGUUGGAAAUUCCUUUAAGCAAGGAAAUGGCCAGAAUGCCCACCCUGGGUCCCUGACCAAGAAGAGCUGGGCUCUGUGCCCCGAGUCAAGAACAGAAAGACUCAGGGACCCCUUGCCCUCACUUACAUGGGCUUCUCAUGCUGGCCAGUGACCCCAAUGCUGUGGGGCCUGCCAGAUUCGUGGAGUCCACAGAAACUCAUUUUAAACCACACUAAGUUGGGUCUCUCCGUUAAACUCUAAGAGUUAAACCCCGGAAGAGGUUUAAGCAAGAUGAUGAAAGCCUUUAAAAGACUGAAAGUGUGAUCUUCAGUGAAUCAAAGCACUUCUGCUUUUGUGUUAAUUCUAAGUGUGCUAAGAAAUAUAGCUCCCUCAUAUUUUACACAUAGAUGUCUGUCCUUCCAGUGUAAAAUGUUUUCUUCUACCCAAAGAUCGUAACCACGAUUCUGAAGCAAUGACGUGUAAAUUUACAUUAAAGAGCCACUUCUGACAUUCCAGCAUGUGAUUUUCCAAGAUGGACUGUUGAACUAUAAAAAAGAGAAAUUGUUUAUUUGUGAGGUGAUCCUCGUCUCAUUCCUAACACGGAAAAAAAUCAUUUUUACCUAGAAUCAAUAUGGUGGGUAUGGUAGGAUGCGAGUGGCAAAUUUGGAAACUCAGAAAAUUACAAACCACAGGAAAUUUAGGCUUGUCUCUUUGAACUUUUACUUUGGUUCUAUUGCUGGGAAUCCGCUUCCCAUGCCAUAACUAAGUAACUUAAUAUGCUGUGUAAUCCUGUUGCUUGACCCAAUGACUUUGAGGUCCUUGGAUAAAAUGUGACAUAUGCAAGUACAAUAUGUUGCUAUUCUAUUGCAGGAGUAUAAGUAAUAAAAGACUGUUAUUAGUAUUUAAUAAGUGUUCAUCUAUGCAUGUUCUUGAGCUGAUUGAUUCCAAGAAAGAAACCUGAGUUUUUUUUAAUUAUUCCUUGGAGGGAAGUCAAAAUUUAUGUUCAAUGCACUUCAUAAUCAAUGGUGUCUAAAUGCCUCAGUCAGUGCCUAAAUGCACACACAAAUUAGACCAUCUUUCUAUAAUCUACCAUAAUAAACGCUGAUGGUAUUUCCGUUAUUUAAAUACUUCCUUAGUUUUCUUUUCAUGUUCUGUUCUGGUUUCCAGCCAAUGUUCUGUGUAAAGACAUGUUAAGAUGGAAGGAAAUGCAGUCCCCAAAGUUGUUUUUUUUUUAACCAACUUGCAGUGGUUCUAAAAGCAUUAUCUUUAAGUCAGUAAGUGAUGGAAUAUAAUUUUUGAAAUUAGAACAUAUUCUCUUAAAGUUUGUUAUGAUCAAUAAAAUAAUCAAUCAAUAAAAAUCAGCUUAUUUUAGUCAAUAAAGGCAGUAAUGAGCAAGCCACAGAGACCCCAGAGAUGUCUACAGCCUGACUAACUAUGCAACAAGUCUGCAAUCUAAUGUCUGGAUAAAAAAAUUAAAGAAAGUUCUGUCUAUAUUGCUAAAAUACCCAGACAGAAACCUUUUAGUAGUUAAAAAGCAGUGCCAGUUUCUUCACUGACUUUCUUUUACUUAGCAAAGUAGUACAAAUACACUUCCCCCACAGGAAUUUCAUAAAACUAUGUUCAUUUUGAAAAGGAAAUAGUGUGGUCUUAAAUGUUUUCCAUUUUUUCCCCAUUUGUUAGCCCUUAGGCCAAAACUGGUUGCUCAUCACUGAUAUAAAUCAAAACGGUGUUAUGGACACUGAUAACAAAGUUCUAAAAGACAAAAUGGGAUGAAAUCACAAACUUAAUGUUUUCACUAAGAUAUGUGGUCCUUGGCGUAUUGUUUUAAGCGGAAAAUGUUGAUCAAUUCUAAGACCAUAAAAAUGAAUCCAGUAGCUUUAACAAUACUUAAUGGAGGUUUUCUUACUAGAGGUAAGAGGUCUCUAGCUUAGAAGGAUCACAUUCGGUCUGGGUGAGAUUAUGACAUUAUCCAUAGCAGGGAAGAUGAUUAUAUUAACCACUCACCAAAGACUGAACAAAAAUCUGCUAUUUGAAGUAAAAUUGCGUUUAUUUGGCACACAGGUAAAUGGUUAUUUUUUUAUUCUUGUUUUAUGUUCAUCUAAUUCACAAUUCAAUGAGCUCUGCAUCCUAAGACAGAACUAGCAAUUCCUAUGCAAAUCAUUUGUUAAUUGAACUAAAAAAGUCUUCAUUACAUCCAUUUGUUUGAUGACAUAUUCCAUGUUUUAAUUCAAAAUAAAGUUAAUGUACUACCCAA